AUGUUCUGCAUCCAAUUCGACGCAGCUGGCAUCUACCUCGUCGGCACAGCAGCCGAACAAUUCCAUGUCCCAUUCGAAGAGCUGAUAUCAUUCGCCGGAGGCAUCAUUGGUCUCCUCGAGUACGGCAUCACAUGGAAAGUACUCAUAGGAGUGCUAGGCCGAGCACGGCAUCGACUAUGGCAUCGGCCAGAAAUAUCCCUUGACCAACGACUUCCACUUUGGAUCGAUAACUCGGGGCCUAUACUAUAUGAGGUCCGCUACGGAGAAGAUUCUAUUUUGGUUCGAAUUCAGAGCUUGGAGUCAUCUCGGUUCGGAAGGGCAAUCAAGGAGCACUGGGAUGGAGGCAUGAUGAGGCCUAGCAAUUUUUGGGUCACGAGGAUGGUGUUUGAGGCUUUCUUUGUUGGGCUCUGGCGGAAUGUGCGGCGUUUGAAGCUCCGCAAGUUCUGA